CCUGAGCCAAAGGCAGUCACUUAACCAACUGAGGCACCCAGGUUAGAGUUUCUUAAAGCAGAGCACCAUGGUAUGACUAAAAUACAAUCCCCUCUGCCCAGUAUCCUCGUUCGGUGGUCCACGUGUGUAUGUUGACUUCUAGAUCCUAGGGGUACACUGUCUCUCUCACUGUCAGCCCCUGCCUUGCCCCGCAACCAGGGCACUGGCAAUUUCUAGUGAGGAGAUUCCUUCGGCUCUUCUGUUACGGCAAUUCUCAUAUAAAAUCGGAGUCCCUUUACAGUUUGACUCAGAACUCCCCUUCCUCCCCACUGAGAUUUGUGUUCCUUUACAGUAACAAGAGGCAGGCUGUCCGGCUUUGCGUCUGAAGCCAGAAGUAAGUGGGGUUCUGGAUACUUGGGUGCAGCUCUGGGCCUGUGUGUGUGGACCCUCCUGCUGGGAUGGUCAUAGCAGACAGGAGCAGCCAAGAUGGGGGCCGGGGGCCGGGCCAGCCGAGGUACCAGACGCAACAUGGCGUGGGUGUGAACGUUUGCUGCCGGGGUGCUGCCACCUCUCUGGGCUCCUUGAGGGCCUCGAGUGUGAAGUGGGAAGAGCAGGUAGUCUGACAGGCCAUAGAUCAGCUUGGUGCCUCCAAGGACGGACCCAGCUCCUCAGAUGGCCACCAGACCCAAAAGCACUCCAUAAAACAAGCUGUUUCCAGACGGGUCGGGCCAGUUCCCUCUGGUGGCGUGGGUGCUUCCUGCCCAAGUGUUGUAGGAUCCCAGCCUGACUACAGAGUGAAUUAGGUGCCCACAGUCGGUGAGGCGGGGCCAGUGGCCAAGGCCACUGCUUUCUCUUUGGGGGCAGCACCCUGGAGGCUUGGGCACUUCUACUGUCUGUGGGUGCUCAUGCUGAAGCAGCAGUCCCACGGCGGCGGGAGCUGGCAAACGCACGCCUCCUGACCCCAUCCCCUGGGCCUUUCACCAUCCAGCUGGGUAUUUCCCAGAGGCAUGGAGCUGUUGUUCAGGGUUUGUUGGGGUAUAGUUUAUGCCCCUGUCCUCUCGUGUUGUAAACAGAGCCCCCCAUGAGUCCCUCCCCCCGCCCCCAGUGUCUCCAUCUUUCUCUGGGUUUGACACUUGGGUGUCUUUAGUAGAAUACAAGCAGAGCAGAGUUCAGGUGCAGGCUGAGUUUUCCGAUUUCUCACAGCCCCCAUGGCUCCAGGCCCCUGAUGUGGGGAACCCCCCAAGCCAAGGGCACACUGCCCUCCUCUGUCUGUGGGUCCGGAAGGCAGGGUGGGGGCAUCUGCUAGCCUGCCUGUGCGGAGACUCCUGUCAUCCUCACCACCACUCUAAGUAAGUUCCUUCUGAUGUAUCCGUUUGAGAUGAGGAGUCUGAAGUUCAGGGAAGUUAAGCUGUUUACCAGGGGCAGAGCUGGCUUGCAAAUGUGGGGCUGCCUCCCUCCAAGGCUGGCUUCUUUCCAGUUUACCAGCGUGGGGGGGAUUCAAGAGAUAACAGCCGUGGCUGAACCUGGCUUUAUCAUAAGAGUUUCAGCAGCUUCAUGAAGUAGCACCAACUACAUUUAAAUGAACAGGAGCCUGCCUUUGUGGUCUUGCUGCGUUUCUUCUCUGAUAGGAGAUUUAAGAAGCUCAGUGCUCGUGAAGAGCUCUUAUUCCUUUGGGGGGACGUUACGCCAAGAGAGCGUGCACAGGAAGGCAGUGCUUAACUCAGUGCCAGUUGUGUGACUUUGGGUAUCAUCGAGGGAGGCGGCUUGGGUCCGGGCCCUUCCUGACCCUCACCCAGGUGACUACCUGGUCUGCCUUUGCCUGAGACCCCCCUGAAUACUUUCCUCCUAUGAAAAAUAAACCAAAAAGCCUGAAAAGCAGAAUUUAAAGCGCAGUGGGUAAGAGAGGUUUCAGGAAGGGUAGUGGGGCAGAGCCCUGGGUCCUGAACCCCUGAGAAUGGAGGUGGGUGUACAGUCUAGAGCUGAGUAAAUGAGGGGUGGGGGGAGAGCUGUGGCCAACGUCUUCCUGCCCCAGGGCAGCCCCUGCUUACAGGAGUGAUCUGGGCUUGACCCCCUGGUGUUCCCUUCAGUGCUGCCCAGAGCCCACACUCCCCAGGCCUCUGACCCUCCCUUGCACACAGCCGCUGGGGUGUGUCUGCCUGUGAGAGUGGGCCCCGUGCGUGAUGCUGCUGCAGCCUGAGGGCAAAAGCCAAGUCCUCCCUCCCUUUCUGCUCCUGUGUGGGGAGGACUCCUAGCCCUGGACAGACGUGGGACGCAGGAUAUCGACGCUUCAGCUGGGCCUGCUGGGCCUGCUCUCCCCCUCAAUUUCGUGACCCACAGUGCCUGGGCCUGUGACGGCCUGUUUGCUGUGUUUGGAAUACACUUGUGAUUUUGGAUUCAGCCUGUGGUUUGCUGGGUCUCUGGCGUGGAGGACACCGGCCGGCCACCGUCCUUCAUGGCAGCUGGCUGUUUGCUCAUCAGAGCUGGGGACAGUCAGACUGGUUUUCUUCAGUGCGAGCUAACUUGACACAGUCUAGGUGAGCAGUGAUAUGCCCUGGGGAGUCCCUCCUAGGAACCUUCUCCCGAGGGGACCGGACUACCUAUGCCUGGGAGGGCAGGGCUUCCCCGAGAAAAGGGUGGUGCUGAGAGAACCCACGCACCCUUGUCUCUCGGCAGUGGUAGGAAGUUCCUGGUUGGGCUAGUGUGUGGAGACAGGACAGCAGGAGGAUUGGCCCAGCUGGAAUGGGCACCACGCCUCCUGCUUUCCCAGGCUUUCCCCCUGCCGCCCCCCACUGAGCUGGGCCACCCCUGCAGGUUAGAGGGGUCUGGCAGUCUGGGAGCCCCCUGCACCCAGCCCGACCCCAGGGAAAAGCUGCAUCUGAAGUUCUCACAAGUCUGGCUUCAAAGCAUGACUCAUACUCGCUCCCCUCAGAUGGGAGUACCGCGAGGCAGGCGGCAGAGACCCCAGCCUCUCCUCAGGACGAUUGGAAGUACCCCAUGACACACACACGGAGGAAGUCCCUUCCCAUGCUGAGUUCGGGCCCCUCUGGCCGCCAGGAGCCCCUGCAGAUGGAAGGCAGCGGUACGGAGCCGGGGGCAGAGAGUGUGGAAGCAGGCAUGCCCGAGAGCCCGGGGCACCUCACUGGGCGCCGCAAGAACUACCCACUGCGUAAGCGCCCAUUGGUCCCUGAGAAGCCCAAGGCCUGCAAAGUGCUGCUGACCCGCCUGGAGAAUGUGGCUGGUCCACGGAGUGCAGAUGAGGCUGAUGAGCUGCCCCCUGACCUGCCCAAGCCCCCGAGCCCAGCCCCAUCCAGUGAGGACCCUGGCCUUGCCCAGCCCCGCAAGAGGCGCCUGGCCUCCCUCAAUGCAGAGGCCCUCAAUAACCUGCUGCUAGAGCGGGAGGAUGCCAGCAGCCUGGUGGGCACCCGUCGCAGCCGAGGGGGUGACUCUCACCGCAGCCGGGACCGGGCUGCGGGGGGCUGGUCCUCCUCCAAGAAGCGGCCCCGGCUCGAGGACCUUGGAGGAGGAAGUCGGGACCUGUCCCCAGAGCCAGCACCAGAUGAGGGUGCCCGUCGAGAUGGUGACCCAGCGCCCAAGAGACUGGCCAGCCUGAAUGCAGCUGCCUUCCUGAAGCUGAGCCAGGAGCGGGAGCUACCCUUGAGGCCACCUCGUGCCCACCCAGAAGCAGAUGGGCGCUCCACAGAGCCACCGGCGCUGAGGGCUCCGAGGCCAAAGUGGGCUAAUAAGGUCAAUGGAAAGAACUAUCCCAAGGCCCAGCAGGGCCCUGGCUCUGGGGAAGCUGUGGGCCCACUCGGCUGGCAGAGGCACCCCGAGGAGCCAUGGCCAUCCGCCACCCCUCGGGGGCCAGCCAGCCAGCCACCUUACCAGCCCCUGAGCAAGGCUCUAGAGAGUCCCUUGGGGCUACGCCCCCACCUGCCUCUGCUGAUGGGCGGGCAGGCAGCCUUGAAGCCGGAGCCUGGGCGCCCAGGUGAAGAGUCACCUGCCCCCAAGCAGGAACUGCACCAGCCUUCUUUCCCCACACCCCAGCUGUCCCCCCUGCCGAUGCCUGGCAACCCUGCCCACUACAGUGGCCUGUGCGGUCGACCUGAGCUCACUGCACUAGGCAGCUUCUACCUUUACUGCAGCCAAGAUGGGCUGCAGUGUGGAGGCUACGCCCCCUGCCCCAUGCUUCCCGAGGGCAAGUUGUCCCCAGUGGCUGCACCUAACGAGGGGCUCCUCUUGGCACCGAGCUCAGUGCCCACAGGCACCCCUUUCCAGCACCCACCCUGGGGCUCUCGCUACUGCUCUAGCGAGGACACUGGAGUGAAUGGCUACAGCAUCUGUGAAAUGUUGCCCCCAUCUCUUACCCACAUCGGCACUACCUGCGGCGGCUGCCCCUACAAAAUGCCUUUUGCAGCAGAAGGCUGCAGGUCCCUGGGCCAGCUGGAAUUUACUCUCCCGGAAGCCGGCCACCCUGCCUCACCUGCCCACCCCCUCCUGGGAUGCCCUGUGCCCAGCGUGCCACCUGCAGCAGAGCCCGUCCCCCAUCUUCAGACACCCACCUCGGAGCCCCAGACAGUAGCCCGCGCGUGCCCUCAGAGCGCCAAGCCUCCUAGCGGCUCCAAGUCAGGUCUGCGCACAGGCUCCAGCUGUAGGCACACGGCAAGAAGCAAGGCCGCCUGCAGGCCCAGCCACCCCAAGCAACCACGUGUCCAGCGCCCGCGCCCACGCCGCCGCCGCCGCCGCCGCACUAAUGGCUGGGUGCCCGUCGGGGCUGCGUGUGAAAAGGCUGUCUAUGUCUUGGAUGAGCCAGAACCAGCCAUCCGAAAGAGCUACCAGGCGGUGGAGCGGCAUGGAGAGACGAUCCGAGUCCGGGACACUGUCCUUCUCAAGUCAGGCCCACGAAAGACGUCCACACCUUAUGUGGCCAAGAUCUCUGCCCUUUGGGAGAACCCUGAAUCAGGAGAACUGAUGAUGAGCCUCUUGUGGUAUUACAGACCAGAGCACUUACAGGGAGGCCGCAGUCCCAGCAUGCACGAGCCUCUGCAGAAUGAAGUCUUUGCAUCGCGACAUCAGGACCAGAAUAGUGUGGCCUGCAUUGAGGAGAAAUGCUAUGUGCUGACCUUUGCUGAGUACUGCAGAUUCUGUGCCAUGGCCAAGCGCCGAGGCGAGGGCCUCCCCAGCCGAAAGACAGCACUGGUGCCCCCCUCUGCAGACUACUCUACCCCGCCACACCGCACAGUGCCCGAGGACACGGACCCUGAGCUGGUGUUUCUUUGCCGCCAUGUCUAUGACUUCCGCCAUGGCCGCAUCCUCAAGAACCCUCAGUAGCCUCCUCAGGCCUACACUGGGCCUGCCCAUGGGCAAGUGGGGCCCGAGGCAGGGGGCACUGCUUGAAGCACAGCACUUGGUUAAGGGGCCACAGGGGCUCGAGGCUGCUGGCCUGUGGUUCUCUUGGGGGGGAGGGCAGGGACCCCUAUGGGUACUGGGCCCCUUGGGAGGGAAGGGGAGGCCAGGGUAUAAGGAAAGCAUCACAGCCCUCAGCUUGGCCCAGAGUACCUCUCUGUGGUUGCCUGGGUGGAGACUUGAAGAAGCAGUCUUCCCUGAGGCUGGGCCAAGCCUGAGGGGCAUGGGACCCUGGGGGGGAGGGGAGAGUCCUUCAGGAAUAAGGCCCAACUGGCUCUUCUUUAGCCCCCCCCCCCCCGGGCCCUUCAAGGGGGGGAGGCGAGCGGGAGCCAGCUUUACCUCACCCACUGUGACCCACUGCUUCCCCAUCAGCCUGGGACCAGGCUCUCUCAGAUUCUAGCACAGCUCCGAGCUCCUUCCUUUGAGGCAGAGAGAGCCAGAGUCUGGCUUCCAGAGCGUAGACUUUCUCUUUCUAGACUCGGGGCCUUUCCCUGGCUUCCUCCUUUGCCCCUGCAGUAGCCCCUCCGCUGGGACAAGUUACCCAGUGCGGAACAGUCAUGGGUGUGGCCCACUUGUGGGCGUCAGCUUCCUGUCUGCCUCCUGGUGAGGGCCAUCCAGCAGGUCUGGCUUCCCAGAAGCUAACUGGUCAACAUUGGGUUUGUCAUGUCUGGGAGGGCGGAAGGGAGCUGGGAGGGGGUGGGGGGCAGGGGGCAAGGAAAAUUGCUACCUGAUUUAUUGAAGACUUUUCCUCUUGCCUUACACUUGGAGGUUGUAGGAAACCUCUUGCAGAACUUCAUACCUGACUCUUCAAGCCACACCCACCUGAAAUCAAACCAAAGGAGUGCUGUGGCUCCCCUUGCCCUGCCACCCCUUACCCUGGUCUUUUGUAGAUUGCACUAAUUUACAUCCCUGCGAGAAUCAACACUGUAUCAGUCCACAGACCUGCUGAGCUGCAGCCACUCACUCUAGGAGCUAAGGACCUGCAUUUUCAGUUUGUUCCUGUUGCCCAGGGGCCCUGUUUUCACCUCAUGCUGCUCCUCAGAGUAGGUUAGGAGGCUGGGCCCCCUGUUGUCCUUGCCAGGACUAGGCCUCUGCCCCCCCCCCCCCCGGGGGCUCUCUGUGAGGGGGCUGGAGCAGCCUCGUUCUAUCCUAUUUGUACCAAAGAGGAGCAUUGGUGGGGAGGGGGAGAGGAGCACCGUGUGGUCUGGGCCCUGCUGUUAGCACUUACUCGGGGCACAACCCUGGGGGCAGGAGCCAAGGAGGGCAGUGCUCCUCCUCCUCCUCCUCUAGGAAGGGGCAGGCACAGACCCAGCUCAAGCUAAGGAGGUGACACUGGGUGCGGACAGUCAGGCUGGGUCUGGAGAGGGAGGUCAAAGCGGAACCCCGAGGGCCCUCCCAGCAACCCCAGGCCUUGUGCUAUCCCUGAGAAGACAGGCUGCUCCUGAUUGGUCACUGGGCUUGGGGGAGGCCUGGAGGCUUCAGAGGUGAAUUUACACAUGGAAAGCCCAAUCCCAAACCCUAGGGGAAGGGACGAGGGUGCCCUUGUAUUGAAUAAGCUGUUUGGAGGAAGGAGUGAGGCAGUCAAAGAGCUUGGCAGAGAGUGGCUGCGGGGGCUCUGGAGAGCCGGCCCGGGAGCUUGCUCACUCCCAGGGUGCUGGGCCCUUGCGGCCAAGGAGCCCAGCCUCACUCAGCAGGAGAGGAGAUCAAGGCCCCUCCUCCCUCGGGGGCAGGGUCUGCUGCCCAGAACUUAAAUGCUUUUGAAAUCUCUUAGAUGUGGAAAUAUUUUUUCGAACCUGAAAAUGCAGCUGGUAGAAUUUCAAUGGAAGCAUAAUUCAUGUAAAAUAUAUUUUAGUUGAUAUUUUGUAAAAUGCACUUUUUGUGUGUGUCGACCCUGGUUUCUCAGAUCUGUAUUUCAGUGUUUACAAGGGAGGGAGGACCUUUCCUCACCUCCCUUUUGACAGAGAUUAGAAGUACUUCUUUAAGAAAAAAAUAAAUUUGAAAAAUUGUAUUGAUUUAGAAAAGGAUUGUUC